ACAACAAUCAGUGUGCGCGUGAACCAAGCAACUGUGAGGAUAAACUUCCUCAUCGAGAAACAAUUGACAAGUGUUUUUUUUUUAUUGUAUUUUUUACAAAGUUGACGAGUAGAACAACGUGCACGAGGCAAUAUGGGCAAAAAGACCAAAGAAAAGAAAGUUCAAAUAGCCGAAGCUUUCAUCCAGUUACAAAUUGAAGUUAAAAUGAAAGAGAUUGAAGAAUUUGAAAAUGAAAUAAAGGAACUGGAAGCCAAGAAGCAACGCCUUGUUGAACUGAGAGAUCAGUUGCAAAAGGAGCAAAGGAAACACUUCUGUGGGCUAAAUCAGGAAGUAAGGAAGCAUGAGAAAGUGCUCAAUGAGGAAGAAAUAGCUAGUGAAAAACAAAUAAAACAGGCACUUCGACACAACCGAGAGCUCAUGCAUACCAACCAAGAAGAGCUGACAGAGUUGAGCAGGCACCUGGAGAACGUACAGGUCCGGGCUGUGGAACUGCAGGGGCAGAGAAAAGAUUGGCAACAUUAUGAGAAUGUGGAGAGAGUUGAGAAGCAACAGAAGAUGCAAAAUCUCAAGGCAGAACUCGACUGUAUGCAGAGGAAUUUUCAAGAAAUGUCAGAAAGCCUCUUGUGCUUUGUGGAAGACGCCACUUGUAAGCUUGAGAAGGAAAUCUCACAGGUGAUCGAACAAGUGAAGGAGCAUGCAACAGAGAUUGCAUUAAAAGAAGUUGAUAAACACAAUCUUAAGGAGACUGAAAAUAACCUUUGGUUGAAGACGGCGAUUGCUACCUAUAAUAAGGAAGUCUCAGAACUGGAGGCAGACGUGACAAACUUGCAGGAGGAGAACCUGGAGCACAUGAAGUAUCUGUCUGAGUGUCGCUAUAAUGAUUUCAAAAUGUCAAGGAACACGUUCCUGACAGAGACUGAAGACUUAUUGGAGAACCUUAGCAUUUCUGAAAGUCCAGCGGAAAUUGAGAAGAAACCGCACCAGCAGUCUAGGGAGUUGGAAGAAGAUAAAAUGGAUCGCAGCUGCAUGUCCUCCUCUAGGGUGAAUCUCCGUGAACUGCUGUAUAGCAGCCAGAGCCAAUCCAGGGAACUGCUGCACCUGGGUCCUUCAGACCAGAAUCUGCUGAGUGUGGUUGGCCAGGCCAUGCCCCUUCAUUCUUUACCAACCGAGUCUGAGGAAAUGGACAUGUUAACACACCUAAGUCAGUUGCAGGCUGAAGAUGGGACUCUCACAAGGAACAUGGUUCGCCAAAAAUUCCAGUAAUUCGACAGUUCUACUCAACGCAACUGCUACAGCAGAUUACAAUUAAAAGUGUUUUCAAACUCUAUAAAGUAUAGAUCAUACAUCUGCAGCAAUAGACAAAUCAACAAUGUUGCAUUUUUGUAUGUACUUUUGCUAUGUACACUUACACUAACUGCAAUAACUGAAGCACUUGCAACUUGUUCUGAAUUUGUAGAUUUAUUAGAAUUUGGAUGUGCAAAUAAAUGAAAAAUAUCAAUCAUAGAUAAAGACCUAGAGAUACUAUAUUUUCUUUAAUCUUUCUUCUUAAACCAGUUAAUGACAGGGAUGUCAGAUUGGCCUUGUUAAUAAUACUAGCAAACUAUUAUUAAAAGGGCAAUGUAAAAGCCCAAACAAUGUAUCUAUGAUGUAAAGAUUCUAUUAUUUCUAUUGUAAAAAAGUCAAAAAGGGUUUGGAACAGGCAAUAUCCAAACAUCAAUUGCUGAGAAAUAGAAGGAACAAUUCCCGCUUUUAAAACACUAGUUGAAGUUUUUGGGAGAUGUAGUCAGGGUGGAAAAUGUACUGAAACCCAUCAGCCCUGGUUAUUAGCUCGAACACAAACAACACCCAAACGGCCAUUGACUACUGCAGGGGCAGGUAGCAUUAGUCAUGUAUGAGAAGUGCUUGAUUAAUUUCAUUUGAGGCUUUGAGUUGUUUAAUGGAAUCCAGCACCAACAAAAUCACUUGAGUUGCUGAUUUAAAUAAAUAAAUAUUCAAAGGCAGAAUUAGUUUUAGAUAUGUGGUAUUAUUGUUUAUGUGCAAAAUAUUAACCCAUGGUUUGUUGACUUUUUUUCCCCCAUAAACAUGACAGUAAAAAAACAUGCAUACACACACCCACCCACACACUUUUUUUUAUUUGUCUCAUCAUACACCUUAAAGUAAUAUGUUCCAAUUUUAGCUUUUCAGAUAAAUAACCAGGAAAAAUGAGAUCAUAGCACUUUCACUUACCUGCUUAGACUUUAUUAGAUAUACUUUAUCAAUCCCGUGAGGGAAAUUAUUUAAUUACUUCUGGGUUUGCUUAUAGGUUUUAAUACACUAUAUGAAAAAAAGUAUUGAGACCCCUCUUAAUUUUUUAAUUCGGGUGCUUCAAUCAGGGCCAUUCUGAACAACUCUGUGGGUUCAAGUUUAGUACAGUGUUAGGACAUCACCUUUGCAAUAAGUCAAUUUGUGAAAAUGUUCCUGCUAGAUAUAUUUCACAAAUCAACUGCAAGUGGAAUUAUUGGAAAGUGGAAGAGUUUAUGAUCCUGGCCCCAAAACAGAAGACAAUGUUUUGAGAAAUUCCCCUGGCAUUAAUAUCAAACACCCACAGAAACACUCCAAAAUGUAACUUUUUUAAGAAUAGUGGACGUUGUUAAAGAUGCAAAAGGGGUACCCAACUCUAUAUUAAUGUAUUUAUAAUGUGGUGUCAUCACGUUCCUUGUUGGUGUAAUCUUAUGAUUUGUCCACUUCUAAUCUCUAACAAUUCUGAAAAUUUUAUAUGUAAAUGAAUAGCAUCCAAAACUUGUGGAAGCUGCUCUUUUUUAUUUGAAAAUCAACCAAGUUCUGCUCACAUACAUUUCAUAUAGUUAUAAACAAAAAUAGAAUCUGCAGGGACAAUGAAGCAAGUAUGCUUAAUCAAUGGAAAGAAAUCACUUCAUAUUAGGACCAUCUUUCACACGCUCCUCUAUUGGACAGGGUCUGGGUUUAUUUACACAAAGCACCGAUCAACAGUGCAUCUCUUUCCCCAAGUUCUACCGCUCCUACUGCUAAUUUACAAAGACAUUAACAACCCCACCCUGAUGAUGGCAACCUGUGACAUAUACACCCAUUUCCCUGUGCUCCUGCUUCAGUGAAGGCCACCCCCUAGUGCCAGUGGAAGAAAGAUGGCCCAAGCAUGAAGGCUACUUUACACAUUCAAGUUGGAAAGGCAGCUGUAGAAUUGUCAAUGUAAAAUAAUGACAUGCCAAGCAUAAAGCAAAACAGCUCCUCCCUUAUGCAAUUCUGCAGAAUCACAAAUGUAGUGAUACCAGUCUGAUACAUGUUCCCUGGAAAAAAAAAUACAAAUUAAAUAAAACAAAAAAAACUAGGCACAGAAUUAGCCAUGUGAAAAAUGAUGUACUCUCCUCCCAUUUCCUUUACAAAAUGCAGGGGGGGGGGUGAGUUUGUGUACUACAAAUAAUUGCAUGAGAAAAUGAAAUGGGGUUCAACGAAUACUUAGUGCUCUGUGAUUAACUUUACAGGUGGUUUGAUUUUCUUUUUCAUGUUAUACACA